AUGGGCAGCACCCUGGGUGCGCCCCGGCAAGCCCCGUCGCCUCCAGAUCGGGGGCGCCCACCUCCGCGGCCCCAGACCGUCCUGGCUCAAAACCGUGUGCAGCACGUCCAGGGUGGGCGCCGGGUCAGAGGCGGACCUCUCCCCAGAAUGCCGCCAGACUGGGAUUCUGGCGAGUCCCGGAGGGUGGCUCCCGAGGAGUGGAGGCGCUUCCCCAUCAGGCCGCCCCCCGAAACCAUCCUGGGGCCGGAUUAUUCCUGCGCCUGGGAGACUCCGGGGGAGCCCCUCGGAACCCCCGGGAGGGUGGCUCCCGAGGAGUGGAGGCGCUUCCCCAUCAGGCCGCCCCCCGAAACCAUCCUGGGGCCGGAUUAUUCCUGCGCCUGGGAGAGUUACAUGAAGCGGUGGCUUUGGAGUGCCCGGAACCCUAGACGGACCUGGAGCCCAGUAACCAUCAAGAUUUCUCCACCUGAGCUCCGGGGGAGCCCCUCGGAACCCCCGGGUCAAGGGAUCUGCUCCACAGGGCGCCCAGCUGCCCAGGGACAUCCAGACCCCUGCGCCAAGGAGACCGUACUGAGGGCGCUCAGUCAGUGCAAGAAAGGCAACAGGAAGUUCGACGGGCCACUGUGGUUUGAGAUCCCGGAGAGCGAGAGCAGGAGGCCGAACCCUGAGUCCAGGCCAUCUGCCUUCAAGCCCCUGGUGAAAAAUGGAGCUGUCGCUAACUUUGUGCCCAGACCAGGCCCUCUGAACAGAAGCCUCCGCUCCUGGAGCCUCAGCGUGUGCGACGAGAAUGAGUCCCAGCCUCGUGUACAGCUUCCCCUGUCAGCAGGCCAGGCGGCCGCAGGGACAGCGCCAGUGCAGGGCGCAGAUCCUGAGCUGGAGAGUUGGGACAAGGUGCAGCACUGCAGCGGCCUCCCCAGUCCUCCGGGACACUGGAACCGACCCUGUGCUGUCCCAUUAGUCCGCGAGGACACCCAACCUGCAGAUCCUUCUGGCUCCUAAGAGUCAGGGUCUUGUCACCCACCUCCCGAGAUUCAAAUUCGUGUCUGUUUCUGAACUCCACCGCAACCUGCUUACACUGAUCCGAGGCACUGCUCCAGCAACCCGCUUCCUACGCCAUCAAACCCCAGACCGGCCCACCCAUCCCUGUAGAGUCCGCAGUGAGGAUCCUUGAUUCCAAACCCUUCGCAUUCCCCUGUCUGUCCCUCCUUCCUGGCCUUCCUCUGCAGACGUUUGGGAAAGUCGCACUUACUUCCCCACCUCUCCUAUUUGCCCAGUUUGUAUACUCAAAUAUUUUAUCUUAUUAAAAUAAAACCA